AUGACUGAUUCGCUUGUUAAAUGCACAGAAUCAUCAUCAAAAUUAGAACUGAUUGAACAGUUAAUGUUACUCGUUUCUAAUUCUGUCGAUGAAUUACAAACGUUUGUUUCAGAAACAAAAGAUACACAUUCAAAACCUAGUAUGAGUGAUGAGACAGUAACCACUUUACAAUAUGGCAACAAUCAAACUUUCGAACAACAGAAAAUACCUUCCUCAACAGUCUCAAAUAGAGUAACAGCAUCUACAUCGAUUAGAACACCUAUGCAGCAAUCAUCUUGGAUACUCAUUCCGGUACAACUGCAAAAUCUUGAACAAUUGAUUGGACUUAGAAAACAACAACAACAUUUACUCAAUUGUACAAAAACUCAGCUAAAACCAAAUAACGAAAAGAAAACAACCAUUGUACCUGCUUAUGUUGAACUUACUUUAGAUACAAAGGAAAAAAAUAAAUUUAUAGAUGAACAACUUCAUAGGUAA